AUGGAAGAAACAACCAAUGCAGACUGUCUAAUUAAAGCUCUUCCAAAAAAAUGGGAUCUAAUGAAAAUAUUCCAAAUGAUUUUGGACGACAAGCACAUUCAUAAGAAUGAAAAGUUUACUGAUACUAUUACCAUUUUCCCAUCUGAAUACAUGAAGCAAAUGUCAUUAACGACCGAGGAGCGAUCAGACUUUUUAUUAAAAUCCAAACAGAAAUCAGAAUUUCUUGAAAUUUCCGUUGCCUUUAAAGUAAUUCCCAGUAUUGUUAUUUUUCAAAAUUUUAUACCUGGACAAGUCUACAGUGUCACUCUCACCAUACGCAACGCAUCCAAUAUUCUACAUUCUUUGAAAAUGUCCUCCAACACUGAUCCCUACUUCAGUGUAGAACAUAAAGGAUCUCUGGGCACAAAAAUUGCACCAGGCAUGGCAUCCGUUUACAGCAUAAAAUUUGUGCCUAUGGAAAAUCGUGACUAUGAGUAUCAACUGACAUUUGCUACGGAUUCUGAAACUUUUAAUGUUCCUGUAGUUGCUAUUGGACCCAGGCCAAUAUUAGACUUUCCAGACAUAAUAAAAAUUCCAUCUACGGCUGUCAAAGUAAUAUCUUUUAAAACAAUUCUUGUACGAAAUGUCAGUGAAGUAGCAGCAGUCUUCAGACUCUUCAGUGACAACCCUAAAUUCUCAGUGAAUCCUUGUAAGGGUCUGAUUGAAAAAAAUGAUACUGUACAGUUUACCAUAAGUUUUGUGUCAGACAAAAGUGGAGAUUUUGAAGCCAAUUUAUUGCUGAGAUACGAAAUUGGAGAAACCAUUGGGAUGUCUCUAAAAAGUUCAGCUAUUAAUGCUAAUGUGAGAUUAGACCGUGGAAGCUUAAGACUGGAUGAGACAUACUUUGGAUUAUCCAGAUCAAAAAAUUUUACCAUUCAUAACAGAAGUGAUUAUAUUGUUAAGUUCCAUUGGAUGCAAUACAAGGAUAAGGAGAGUGAUGAAAAGAGAAAAACGGAGUAACUAGAAAAUUCAUAGAAAAAUUGGAAAC